ACCUGGGAGGAGGAUGGUGUGGCGGUGGUGAUCCAUCGGACAGCCUAUGCACACCGUGAGGAGGGGGCUAGAGCAGGCUAGCUGGAGCAGCACGGGGCUGUUGUUACUGGUACUUAGCCAGACAAACUCCUCCAAAAGCUCAGAGGAACGGAAGAGGGAAUGCUGUAUUGACCCAGGGAGAGGGAGAAAGGGAGUAAACAGAGGGAGAGAGAAGAGGACAGUACCUCCAUUGGAUAGACAAUCAUUUUAUGGGAGCAGCUGGGAUGUGGAAAUCAUUAGCAGGGUCCAGGCAGGGUCCUCGCCACAGUGUGUGAUCUCAUCCUCCUGUGGGCAGAGGAGGCCUCUGGUCGGGCGUGAUCCCCUGCUCUCGGUGGUCCACCUGGAGGUCCAGUGAUGGCUCAUGCACGAGAUGAUCCCCACCUGGGCGCCGGCCCAUCCGAGGAUUCUGAACUCUCUGAGAAUGAGUCAGAAACGGCGAGCUUGGUGUCGGAGGACUCUAUCAUGCCAGACUAUGAGAUGGAGCGGGGUGGAGGGGGCACCACCUUUACGCUGUACGAGGCCUGUAACAGGAACGAGGCGCUAACGUUACGGAGGGUCCUGGAGAGGGGGGUUACUAAGGAAGAGGUUAUGGAGCUGGAUAUCAAUGGCAGGAAUGGCCUGAUGCUUGCAGUCUCCAGAGGCUAUGUGGACAUAGUCUAUGGUCUACACACAUGUCCACUGAUCGAUAUUAACCAUCAGGACAACGAAGGCAACACAGCACUGAUGAUCGCUGCCCAGGCCGGCUACGUCUCCAUCCUGAACUUCAUCCUGAACUACUACCCUAAGGUAGACCUGGAGGUGAGGGACAUCCGGGGCUUCACUGCCCUCAUCAAGGCAGCCAUACAGGGCAGGGUAGACUGUGUGUCUUCCCUCCUCAUGGCCGGUGCGGAUAUCAAUGUAGUGGAUGAGGUCAGAGGGAAAGGCAUCACGGACUGGGCCCUGAAGACGGGUCGCUUCGAGGUCCUGCAGCGUCUCCGUGUCCUCCAGGCGCACCCCAUUGCUGAGCAGUUCUGCGACAGCUAUGUGAUUGAGUGGCCCGAGCUGAAGGAGCUGGUUGCCAAAGCCAUGAGCCCCAAAACACUGACCCAACGUCUGAAGGACAGCCUGACCAUUAGCUUACCCAAUGACCCUCAGGACAACGGAGUGAUGGACCACCUGGUGAGGAUGACCACAUCCAUCCACAGCCCUCUAGUCUCCACGGGCUGCCGGCCCCUCUGCCCCACAAGCCCCCCCGAGGUUGGGAAGCGCCGCCUGGCUGUGCCGGAGCUGAUGGAGAAGCACAGCAGCAAGGACCUGGAGGAAAGCUCUGUGUGUCAUAGUAACGGUGUGAAAUGUUCCUUCACGCCUGCGCCAGCGUCAUCGAGCUCCUUCUCGCUCACCAACUGCUGCUCGAACACGGAGCGGAGGGAUAGUGGUCUCUCGACGGCUGCUAAUGGCUUACGGAACUUCCUCCCUCGUUCCAUGACCCACCAGAACUCCGUAUUCCCGUCCGGUUGCAUCCCCAAGAUCACCUUCACUAAGUCUCUGGACAAAACACCUAAGAAGGCGAAGAAGGUGAAGAGGCACAAGGGCCACCUGGAGCCUCCGGUCUGGAAGUACAAGUCGGAGAAGGAGGAGAAGAAAAAGGAAAAGCAGAAGUUGGAGGAAGAGAAGGAAGCGCAAGAGAAGGCACUUAAGAAAGUUAAGAAGAAGGCAGCCAAGGCGGCAGCCAAGGCAAAGGAGCCCGCCAAGGCAAGUUAAACUGCCAACUGUCUGUCGUUAAACUGCCACAGAGUGGGAGCACAGAACCCUGGGAAAAUAGAACGACCUCUGUGCUGUCAUCAGAUGGAAGAGGAAGCGAGACCCCCCACUUGCAGUUUUUGUUUUCUGGUUGAAUGAAAGUCAAUGAACUAAGUAGACCAGAGCCAGCUGCUAUUGCAUUGGUGUCUAUGGGAGACCCACCCCUGUUAAGUAAUUUUUUUCAAUGCUUCAGUGAUUUAUCCACCAUCUUUGCUGUCAUCUCCUACCAACUCCAUUGUAUCCACUGUGAUGAUGUCAUAUAAGGAGGACAAGGGGACGGCUCCCCUGUGGUGGCACCUGCCUGGGGUCAUCAUGGAGGCCCAGUUGCACCCCUACAGUGGGGCCUCCAAUAACAUGGGUGGAAACUAGCAUCUGAGCUGGACUAAGUCAAAUGGAUGGACUGUUGUUUUUCCUCUCUGCUGGGAUAUGCUGCUAUAAGGCAAUGGCCUGGACAUUCCUAGACAUUAUUAUUCAUGUAUCUUUCAAGUGGAAUUCGCGUUUUCUGUGUUAACUUAUUUAGUUUAUUUAUUUAUUUUUGGAGAGUUCAGUCGUUAUAAAUAUCAGUAGAUUUUGUUUGGUCUUCCACGCUCUUAACUAACCAUUCGAAACUGUGAAGGAACCAGAGCCAUAGCAAAGAAAUGUAUAAUUUCUGAUAAGCAAGGGCUUGUACUUACUGAAAAAGAAAACAGGACAUUAACAUGAGUUAGGUAAAUGAUGAGGGAGGAUUAUGGACAAGGUUUCAGAGUUUACUGUUUGAUAAACCUCAUGGUCAGAUAUACCACAACCAGACCUGGGUUCAAAUACAAUUUAAAAGGAUUUCAAAUGCUUCAGCUGUGCUUAAGAGAGCUUGUCUGUUGAUAUGGAACCAAUAGAAAAGUCCCAAAAGUGCAAACCGCACCUACCUGGCACUCCAGGCAGGCUAAAGCAAACACUGAAUGUUUUUGUAAGAUUCCGAAUAGUAUUUGAACCCAGGUCUGACCACAAUGCACAUCUGAGUUCCAAUCUACUCUAUGCUUUGUUUUCCUAUGUACUCCAAUCAGCUGUCUUCCAAAGAAGUUGAUUUUACACUCUUACCGUUGACAGGACUUUUGUGAGAGAUGUUUUUUAUCAAGAGUUGUAAUAUAAUAUCAGGGAUCCCCUCAGUUUUGAUGAGGCUCAGGUACUUAAAGAUAAGCCUGAGUGGCUUAUUAUUACGUUGCACAAACCUGCUUAGUUAGAAGAAGUCUUACAUUACAAACAUGUUGUUUGUAGAUCCAGUUCACAUGUUGUGAUAGAGCUGAAAUGUGAAGUAUGUUGUUCAGUAGGAAUCAACUUCUGUCCUAAUAGUAUGUGGUGGUUAUUUUUAAAUAACACUAUCGCCCUCAUCAAAGAUUCAGAAAGACUUAGAAACAUAUGUGUAGUGACAAUUGCCAGUCAAAAAUAUAUGCACUCACUCAUGUAAGUCACUCUGGAUAAGAGAGUCUGCUAAAUGACUAAAAAUGUAAAAAUGUAAAAGCCAUUGAUGUGUCAGAAACGGCUCCUACAGUAUGAAAAGGUAUGAUAGGCCUAAUGAAUAUCCUAUUACAAAACCAAACAUUAAAACGUUUAACAACACAA